GUUCAGAGUGGCAAAAGAAGAGAGGAACGCGGGUGAGACUACGAGAAGAGUGUCCUGAGUCUGAAGGUGUUUCAGGUGUUUCGCUGUUUCGUUGGUAACAAUGGAUCACGUCAAGGCAACCACAGAUUACUAUAUAUAUGAAGACAGCUACAACUAUUCAUCUGAAACAGGCAGUAGCCAAUCCAGUAGCGUGCCCUGCAACCAGGAUGGCAUCAUGGACUUCACCCGGAGCUACUCCCCUGUGGUCUAUAGCCUGGUGUUUGUGCUGGCGCUGGUGGGUAACAUCCUGGUGCUGUGUGUGCUGAUGCGCUACCGCACCUCUCAGACAGGUGGGACCUGCUCCUUCUCCCUCACCGACACCUUCCUGCUCCACCUGGCCGUGUCCGACCUCCUGCUGGCCCUCACACUGCCCCUGUUCGCCGUCCAGUGGGCCCACCAGUGGGUGUUCGGCAUGGCCGCCUGCAAGAUUUCCGGAGCCCUGUUCUCUCUGAACCGCUACAGCGGCAUCUUGUUCCUGGCCUGCAUCAGCUUCGACCGCUACCUGGCCAUUGUCCACGCCAUCAGCACCGGCUGGAAACGCAACACCUGCCAUGCACAGAUUGCCUGCACCCUGAUCUGGACAGUGUGCAUGGGCCUGAGUGGGGUGGACAUCGCCUUUAGACAGGUGGUGGAGGUUGAAGUGGGGCGCUCGAGGGAUCAGGGCCUGCUGGUGUGCCAGACUGUGUUCCCCCACAGCUCAGUGCAGUGGAAGGUGGGGAUGCCGCUAGUCAACUUGGUGCUGGGUUUUGGGCUGCCCCUGCUGGUCAUGCUCUACUGCUACAUCCGUAUCUUCCGCUCCCUUUGCAACGCCUCGCGCCGUCAGAAGAGGAAGUCCCUUCACCUCAUCGUCUCCCUGGUGUCCAUGUUUGUGCUCUGCUGGGCACCCUACAACUCCUUCCAAUUGGCCGAAAGCCUGAAGAAGCUGGGCGUGAUUAGUGGAGGAUGCCAGUUUGAACGCACGGUGGACAUCGGGAUCCUGGUGUCUGAGAGCAUGGGCCUGUCACACUGUGCCCUGAACCCGCUGCUGUACGGCUUUGUGGGGGUGAAGUUUAGGAGGGAGCUGACCAGAAUGUGUAAGGGGCUGCUGGGACAGAGGUUCUAUCCAGGGAUGAAGGAAUGGGGAGGACAGAGGAAAACACGGAGGCCCACUAGGUCCUUCAGCUCAGCAGAGAGUGAGAACACCCACUCUGUCAUGGCGUGAGCCAGCCACGUGCACAGAUAGGGGUCUACCUGUGCCCGAGCACCUUUUUGUUGUUGUUCUGAACCCACAAGUCAUCGAAAAGUUGUCAAGUUCACCACCCCCAACCCCCCAUCCCAUUGGUCUGCCCUGUACAGAGCUUGCGUGUGCCUGGUAUCCAAACAUGCACGGCUUGGGAUGCAGUCACCGGUCGAGUCUGUGUAGCAAGCUACCUAGUUUAAAUAUCAACAGUACUGCCACAGCAGCAUAACAUUUGAUCUACAUCAUCAAUAUUUGGUUUGGCCUACAUACCCUUCGAGCAGCAGAGAGGCAGGAGACAUAGAGAGGAGCAGCUGCAUUCAGGCUCUACAACCCUCUGACCCAACUCAAUCCCUAAUAUUGAACUAGUGGGUGCUGAAAAGAGGGAACACAAAUUGUUUAUUGUGAAAAUGACAAAAUGGGAAAGAAAUACAGAUGUGCACAUUGUGUCAAAGUGAGGAAAAAACGUAUGUUAUUUUGUUGUGAUUCGUUCCUCUGGUGCUUCCUGAUAGUGGCCCUGCUCCUACUGUAAUAGGUCAAAAUUAUGGUGCUUUUAAAGACAACACAUUCUCAGGGAGGACAUUUUUCAUAUAGUAGCCUAUUUUCACUCUCUUCUUGUAAUUUUGGUUAAUGAAAUUCUACUGUCCAUCCAAUCGUAUAGACUUCCAAGUUAAAACCCCACCUGCCUCUAGUGUGACCAUGUUAUCCCAUCUGCCUCUAGUGGUGUGACCAUGUUAACCCCAUCUGCCUCUAGUGUGAGCAGCAAAGACUGCAUAAUAUGAAGGUGAGCAGUGAACAAUUUCUCAAGCUGUUUAGUUUCCUGAUAAAUUGAUGACUAUAAUUUCAAGGAACUGGAUAAUUUCUUGCAAAAUAUAUAUUUUUAAAUGUAUGAAACCUACUUCCUCAAAAGGGCCAAGUCAUCACUAUAUGUGUUACUCAUAUGUUGCCUUGUGUUUUUGAAGGCAGCAAACACUUAUACAUUUCAAAUCCUGCAGCAAUAGUUUUUUCUUUGUUUGAUUGCUUCAUUUUUUCACUUGUUUUAGAGGGGAAACAAAGGUGUUAAGUAAGUCAUGACAGACAUGCAGCUUUACUUAUGGCAAAUGUUCACGUGUCCUUUGGUACCAGACUGUUGUUCAACAUUUUCUAAUUCACUUCUUUAGAUGAGAUUGUUAUACAUCAGUCAGCACAACACAUAUGUACAUAGGAUUGUAUACAUGUAUUUCUAUGUUGUAGAAAUCUUAGGAAGUAGAAUAAAACAUUGGGGGAAAUGUACUUUUGAUAUAUCAAUAAAUAAAUUAUAUGCAAAUAUC